AUGCAGCUGCUAUUACGCCACUCAAUCGCCAGCCAAUUCCUACACCAAAUGCGAUCAAGCCUCGAAGAUUUCGUCAUUCAGGUGGGCGUGAUUCCCCUCGAAUCUCAAAGAUCAGGGAAAGUGAGAGAAAUCUGGAUCCAAGCACAACGCUGGCAGACAAGUUUACAGGUAAUAAACCUCCAUCUAGUUGGUCUAUUCUCAUCACGUCCAGAAAGUCUCGACCAGUACCGAGAGAAUGUGGUGAUCGAAAGCAAAACCAAGUUAGAUGAGGUCGAGAGAGAAUUGAUUGGAAGUCUCCAAGAACUCACCGUCGACAUUGAAACGCACUUUCGUGGAUUGGCAGCUGUCGAAGAGCCUCUGCAAAGACCGUUCGCUGCAGAAGCAUUGACGGAGGUCCCGCCCAAAACGGAUACCGACCUGAGUUCGAACGACGAAAUCCUGCUUAAAGAUCGUAUCUUGGAGUUUCGUGCGUUGCGGGAAGAGAAAGAGGAAGUCUUGUGCAAAUUAUGGAAUGAGUGGGAAGAUAUCCAAUUCGACCUGAUAAAACUUGCUGUGGAGGCCCUCGGUAAGCAGUCGGUCUUGGUCGCUCAGCUUCAAGAUGGAGCCAUGAAGCCGGGCCAGCAGGAACGACUCGAGAACACCCUCGACUCUGCUCAAAAGAUUCAUGACGAGGUACAUCACGGCCAUGCGCAACUAGAGCAAGAUAUGACGGGCUUCGAAGAGACCAUCGGCCAAAUCGCGAACAGAACCAAGAAGGCGGCCGCCGACAUGCAGCAACAAUAUAACGUGGAAAAGAACAAGCUAUUCAAGGGCCUCAUGCAGUCCAUUGAGCAGCUCGCGGCAUUGUGA